AUGGCUUUGUGUCAUUCAACUAUUGUUUCGCAUGGCAAUACUCUUCCGUUUAGUAGAUUUACAAAGCUUCAUCAUCUAAGCUCACCUUUUGCUUCUUUGCAACUUAAGAGAUUAGAGUCUUCUUCUUCUCUUCUACCACCAUCAGCUGCAGCAGCUUCAUCGGCGGCGUCGUUUCCUUACUUUCCGAUGGACGUUGAAAAUCUCCGGCGAGAAUUCUCCGGCCAUGGAGCCACUUUCGAAGAUAUUGGUGAGACAUGUAUUGCCAAACUGAAAUUGGACAAUGGAAGUUCAGCCAAUGUGAUGUUGACACGCGGCAUGGUAACCUCCUACAAAGUCAAAGUCUGGCACGGAGGCAAAGUGGAGCUUCUCCACACAUGGGUCGAACAAGAACAAGAAGAAGAGGUAGUGAUAAGAGGAGGUGUUUCUUCUGCAUUUAACUCAUCUGAUUAUGAUGAAUGGAGACUACAAGGGAUCACUGGAGAUUCAAGCGAUUGUGUUAAAGUGGAAUUGAGAAGAAGUGACAAGAUCAACAAAGAGAUUGAGAUGAAACAGAUUAUAACUCUGAGAGGAGAAACACUGAGCAUUGAGCUUUGUGUGACAAACGAAAGCAUUUCACCGAUCAAGCUUGAAGGUUGUUCACUUGUAAGUUAUUUGACAGUGAGCACACCAGAAGCCACGUAUGCAGUUGGACUGGAAGGUUCAGAUUUUGUGGAAACGAAACCGUUUCUUCCGCGUUACGGGAUAGUUGAAGCUGAGGAGAAGGAGGAAGAAGAAAGAUCAGGGAUUGGUGGGGAAGAAGAGAGCAAUUACAAACAGUUGGAUCAAGAGAUGAGUAGGAUCUACACAUUUGCUCCAAGGAGCUUCACUGUCAUUGACAGGGGAAGAAGAAACUCUGUGGUAGUGGGAAGAGAAGGAUUUGAGGAAGUGUAUAUGUACAGUCCAGGUUCAAGACUUGAAAGCUACACAAAGUCUGCUUAUGUCUGUAUUGGACCAUCCUCCUUGCUCAAUCCAAUCUCUUUGGAACCUGGUUCUGUCUGGAGUGGUUUCCUACAUCUUCACAAUCCUAAUUCUUAA